CUUCGACUCAAAUGAAGAUUUUAUAAUCUUAUAUAUAUUUAAUCUGCUUUCGUGAUAGACUUCUUUGGAUGUCUAAAUAAUGUAUUCUCUGCUAACGACCCGAUUAAUUAAUAUCACCCUAUACCUACUGACAGAAAUCCGGGGAAGGGUUUCUUCUGGGAAAAAUAUUCCAGUCUCUCAGCACCUCUGUUACAAAUUGGUGGACUUUGUUUUCUUGCAGUAGCUCUAACCUGACUCAACCUACAAACCUCUGCGUUCUUGGAAAAGCAAAUUAGCAGAAUCACAACCUCAGCAUUCGCACGUUUGCCCAAGAUUGUGCUGUGUGGGCGGCUCUCGUUUCGAGGCACAAAAGCCCAGGUUUGCAGCGAUAGCUCCUUGUUUUCUCCAGGGUUGCCAUGGCCAGCAGCACACGUGGGGCAGGAGGAUCUCACGGUGCUUCUGUCCCUCUUCUUGGGGCCACCACCUGCGCGCCUCCGUCCCACGACAGCACCCUGCUGCCUGCCCGAGUUGUCCCAGCUCAGUAUUUCUCCAUCCCGAUGGCAGAAGGAGGACCCGCAGCACACGGUGGCGGCGAUGACUCACUGGAGGAGAUUCCCAGGAAAAAGAAAAAGUACAAGAGAGACCGGCAUCCCGAGGACGGAGAGUGUAAAAAGCUGCAAAACGAACUAAAGGCCGCCCUGGAGGAGUCCUCCAGGAAGCUGUUGCAAUCCCUCCCUGAACACAGGCUGCCCGAGACAAGGAACGGGAUCCAGUACCUCAAGAACCGCCUCAUGGGCUUGAAGCCAGACAUUUUGCUGGACCCCAUUCACAUCGGCCUCUUCGGCAGCACCGGGGCAGGGAAAAGCACGUUGCUGAAUGCCAUCAUAGACAAAAAAUUCUUCUUGCCGGUGUCCGGGAGCGAAGCCUGCACGUCCUGCGUGGUACAGAUCAACACAAGCCGUGGCAAACAGCACGAGGCCAAAAUUCACCUCCUCACGGACGAGGAGUGGAAGGAUGAGCUGAAGGGUCUGGUGGAGCUUAUGGACCUGGACGAAGACAGCGAGGAUGACCACGAGAGAAGCGAGGCUGCUUUGAAGAUCUCUGCUAUCUACGGGAAGGAAGCUGAGACUAAGAGUUACGAAGAGCUGUGCAGGAUGAAACCCGUCGUCUCUAUUCCCCUGUCAAGAUGUAUCCUCCUGAAGGAAACAACAGCCAAAGACCUUUCAGACAAAAUGGGUCCGUAUAUCCGGAAUCAGAGCAGUCCAAAACCAGGAACAAGCAAAGAAGAAGACAUAAUGCAGCUCUGGCCGCUGAUCAAAAACGUGGAAGUGACUGUCCCGAAUUCACAAAUGAUUCCAGAAGGCGUCAUCUUCGUGGAUAUCCCAGGGACAGGCGAUUUCAACACCAAAAGGGACGAGAUGUGGAAAGAGAACAUCAACAAAUGCUCUAUCAUUUGGGUGGUCAACUCCUUUGAACGUAUUCUGGGAGGAAAAACCCAUCAGAUGCUGCUGAACGAAGGCAUGAAGGCUUUCCAGAGCGGGAUGUGCAGGGACAUUUCCUUGGUGGUCACAAAGUCUGACGAGCUGGAUCCAGAGGAGUACAGAAAGGAAACAAAUAGAGACCAUAUAAAUAAACAUGAUGCCAUCCUAGAAAGGAACGAAACUGUGAAGCAAGAGAAGAGCCAAAUGAUGAAGAAAACCCUCAUGAAAAAGCUUCCAAGUGACUCUGAGGUUGUGUGCAAGCCUGACCUCGUGUACACGGUCAGUGCCCGGGAGUACUGGCAGGGGAAGACGCUCAGCAAGGAAGAAACAGAGGUCCCAAAGCUCAGGGAGCACAUCCGCAGGUUUUACACCGAGCAGAAGAGGAACAAGCUGCUGAACUACACGACAGAGGCUAUGGUCAUUUUCUCACUAAUUACGACUCUCCCGUCCAAAACACAUGCUCAGUCUCUGCUUGCGAAAAAAAAUUACUUGAAGGAUUUCAUUACGCAGAAGAUCGCUGACUUGGAGAAUGACAUCAAAAAAUGCUUCAUACCAAUCGAACAGCCACUCAGAGAAGGUGUAGACGAAGCAAAGAAAUCAUAUAAGAAAACUAUCUCCAAUUUCCUCAAGCGCAACCACGGGCACCAGGGCUACCACCGCACCCUGAAGGCCGUGUGCCUCAAGAAGGGGGUGUACGCCUCGCGGACCUUCUUCAGGAUAGACAUCAACGACGCCCUGGCGCAGCCCAUCUACAGGAAGAUCGACCUGAGUUUCGGGGAGGUGUUCAGGCUCCAGAUGAGCACCCGCUCCACGCUGAAAAUCUGCCUUGACACUUUCAAAAACGCCGUGCAGCAGAAACUGCAGGAAUCGGGGAUAAAACUGGAGGCUGACAACGACCAGCUCAAUUUCCUCAAGCAGGAGACAGACUUCAUCGUCGGCGAGGCUGAAAAAUUAAUCCUGCAGAGGAAAGCAGAAAUCUACCAGUCCCUCGCAGCGUCCAUCCAAAAUGACCUGCUGCUCUGCUAUGAAGAGGCUGCCAUGGUAAGAGGAUCACAAGCCUUCCAGAGGAUGCAAACCAUCCUCAGCAAUGGGGUGGAGAGAGAGGUGGAGAGAGGAAUGUUUGAAAGAGCGGAGGAGAGCAUGAGAGGGCACCUCCAGGUCAUGCAGAAGCAGAUCACCAAGAAGCUGGAGGAGGACUUUUCCAGCGUUCUCAGCUUUGUCUUUUCCCCUUGGGACCAGCUGGACGGCAAGCUGCCAGACUUACAGAGUGAAUUUUCCACCAUCUCCAACAUUCACAAGGCCCUGCAGUCAGCCAAAGUCGCUUAGAGAGCUGUGGGAAUUGUCUCCGAUGACGUGGUUUUAUUAUUCAUGUUGGUGGCUUGUUCUCUUUCCUCUGGCUUCAUGG